UCUCCUUUCGCAUUCUGCUUGGUUUGUUCCGUUGCAAUUGGUAUUUAAUCCUUUAGCUCGUCUCUUCUUCCACUCCUUUUUAUUCGCCUGUAUCCGCUGACUCUCGAAAGAGAGCUCUUGCGGUAACACCGAGCUUAGAUUGUCACCUGGAGGUCGUCUUCUUUCACGGCGAGCGACAGAAAUGUCCACCCCUAAUGAUAUUCAAGCUCUUUUGGCGAGCAUAAGGCCUCGUCCUUCGCCGUCGGGCACUCCUGCGCAGAAUUCUGGCAUGCCGCAGGCCCAGUAUUCCCAGCAUUACCCGCAUGGAUACCGGCCUCAGCAGCCGCCUCAUGACGGCCAGAGCUACGCCCACCCUCAUCUUCAUCAGCAGGGCUACCAUCAUCCCUCUGUUUCCUCGACGCUGCAUAGCCCGUCUCCGGUCAAUCUCCCGCCCCGUCAUGGUUCGGACGUUCUCAGUCCCAAUGUCGUCACACCGGGCGAAGCGUUUCCGCAGCACCAACCGCAGCCGCAGAACCCUGACCGCUCCGUCAAUCUACUGAAUCUUCUCAAAUUCAACCAGCCGAGCGCUGGAAAUGUCCAGCAGCAGGCCUCUGCGGGCAUAGAACAGCCUGUCCACACUCAUCCGUCGGCACCUGGCGUGGAAAAUGUACCGAGAUCCCACUCCAGGAACAUCUCGGCGUCGGACUUGGUUGCCACUCUCUUCAACAGGCCGGGCCAAGCUGCUGCUACUACUGCUCCGCAGGGCCAGCCAGUUUCCCAGCCCGUUACAGAGAGUCCCUCUCCUGCGACAAGCACUGAGAAACCUCAAGACAUGUUGCUUCGUCUGCUCAACCGGCCCAAAUCAGGUCAAGAUUCGGCCGACGUUGUCCAGACUCCUGGUUCCAUCUCUUCUCAGAAGAACGCUUUUGAAUCCGAGUCUGGAGGCUUAACGCCGUCAACACAUGGUGCUGCGGAAUCCAAGGGGCAAGCUUCUGGGAAACCGGACAAGCCCACCCCAACAGAGACUCUAUUUGCCCAUGUGAACCCGUUUGAACAAUUGGCGGCAGUUUCACGGAGCAGAACUCCACAGCUCAAUUCUCGAGGCGAGAGCCCGGCUGUUGAGGUUACGAAGCAAGUGAACGUCAAUGCUGAGGUCGAGUCUGUCCCCGCGUCACAGAAUACUGAACGUGGACAUCCCCAGUCGCCCCCUUUGGAUGAGCACCAGAAGGAAGCUGUUAAUAACGUGGUUGACAGACUCGUACAGCAGAUUACAAAGGAUGUUGACCAGUCUCUUGAAAAGAUGGCUAAGGAGAAUGACACGUCCGCCCCAGCAGUACAGGAAGAUACCGUUAAGGCUACCGUAGCGUCUACUGCCACAGCUGUUCAGAAUUCUACCGGUGAGACUGAGGUCUCGAAGGAGGUUGUUGAAGAAAUUAGAACUACUGAAGGAGCAAAGGAACCCUCAAAUGGCGCCGCAGAGGCGCUGGCAGACAGCUGGGAGAGUGCUGAAGAUAGUGCUGAAAAGGACGAAGAGCGCAUUGUCCCUGUACACAACUUUCCCUUGAAACCAUUCAUAUCAAUCAUUGUCAAGCCUUAUGCUGGAAAGCUUCCGGCUUUGCGCGAUGAUGGGAUCAUGGAUAUCGCUCGAUUGAAGAAGGAUUUCGAUCAGUUAGACCGUUCCUUGACGUCAGCCACUCCCGACUACAUUGUCUACGCCCUUGCCAAGAACGGCGGAAUGAGAAUUAUCCGCCAAGACGACGGGAGCGACAAACAGGUUCUCCGAUCUACUCGUGAUCGUGUGUUCAACGUUUCUGUGUGCACAUCACAGCCGGUCGGCGGCUCUUCUGAUGACCAGGCUAUUUUGGGUAUUGGCGUCAGCGGCGCUGUGUACUGGGUUUUAAUCUCUCAGAAAAACAGAGAUCUCUUUGAGCAGGACGCUUUGGAGAGCGAAAGCCUCAUCUUCCCUCCGUUCCCGGCUUCUGACGAGAACACCUCCGGCGGUCAGCUGAAAACGCGGGCUAAACGGAGCUCUUGCCACCCUGGGUUCUUCGCGAUUGGGCGGGGCAAGAACAUUUACGUCCUAUCUCCACAAGCUGCUGCAAACCCUGCUUAUGGCGUCUCGGGCAAUAACCGCACUGUCAAUACUGAACAGUUCUUCAAGGAGCGCGCUCUGAAGAUCUCUACCGGAAAGGCCGGUAAAGAUUUCACGUUUAGUGGCGAUGAUACUGUCAUCGCUUCUCUAGAUAAAACCGGCCGCCUCCGCUUUUGGGAUAUCCGCGAGGUUGUCAAUACCCCGGAUGCUGAGAUCAAGUCAAAUGAAAUUCGUACCCCGUUGAGCACCUUCGUGACUGGUACUCCUACGGAGAAGUCAUGGCCGACGUCCGUCCUCUUUCUCGAUAAGCUGCGCCCUUAUGUGAAGUCGAUGGCUCUCCGUUAUGUUCUUGUUGGCUUGAAGCAGAACCACACCCUGCAGCUCUGGGAUAUUGGGCUAGGCAAGGCUGUGCAGGAGCUCAAGUUUCCCCACGAGAACGAGUCGGACGCCAUUUGCAGUGUUGCUUAUCACCCUUCGUCCGGAAUUCUUGUUGUUGGACACCCGACGCGAAACUCUAUUUACUUCGUUCACCUGUCGGCGCCCAGGUAUAAUCUGCAGUCCAUGUCGCAGGCGUCAUUCAUCAAACGUGCUGCUGAAAAGGACAACAGUCUCCCCAAACCUGAGUCUACUGCGUGCCUGAGUGGUAUACGGGAGAUCUCCUUUGCUUCGAAAGGUCAGCUUCGCAGCUUAGAUCUCCUUCCUAUCACAAAGGCGGCAGGGGAAGACAGCGGCCUAUUUGAGCUUUAUGUUAUGCAUUCCCGCGGUGUCACAUGCCUUAACAUCAAGAAAGAGGACCUUGGUUUGGGUCAAGACAACCGAAUCAUUCGCCCUGUCAAUGCCCUAGAGGAGGGCUUGAUUGAGAUUGCUGAUCUGCAGUCUUUCCCUCCCUACAUUGCCGAUGAUUUUUCAGUCAACGGCGAUUCUAUAAGCACGCCCACGAAGGUCAUCCCGAAGGAAUUUGUCAAGGCCACGGCUGAACCUGCUGCUGAGAGUAGCGUGGGUACAAGCCCCGGGCCCAAUGUUCAGCGCACACAAUCCCCCACGAAGACUGCGCCAAAGAAGAAGGCCGACGAGGCUGUAGAAACAGUUGCGACACCUUCGGAGAAGCCUGAUAAGAAGAGAAAAAAGAAAGCAGCAGCGACAGCAUCAGAGGUCAAGAAGGAACCCGUGGUUGCCACCAGCCAGGGCCCGUCAACCGUUGAACAACCGAACGGUGAGGCUCUGAAGACUACAGACUGGAAUAAGUACAUUGAAGCCCUACAAGAAGGGGUCACCUCCCAAUUCAACAAGAGUCUCGGAAGGGAGCUAGAAGGACUCUACGCCCGCUUCGACGAAGAGCGACGCAGCUGGGAUGCUGCGUCUGCCUCGAAGCAAGACCAGGUAUUGCGCUUGGUGUCGAGCACGCUCUCUGACAAUGUGGAGAAGAAUCUCGCGCGUAUCAUUAAGCAGACAAUUCAAUCCGAUGUUGUCCCUGCACUGGGCGAUGUCACCUCUGCAGCCGUGAGCAAACAACUAAACACCGUUCUUUCAGAGCGGUCUGGCGGCGUUAUCUCUCAUGAAUUGCGGCAAUCUCUGCCUGGCGCCGUUACUCGCGCUUUGCAGCAGCCGGAGGUGAUCAAAGUCGUGUCAGAUGCUGUUAGCCAGAAGCUGAGCACUCAGGUUGAGAGUCAAAUUUCAAAGACUGUGCAUGACAGCCUUGCUCCUACCCUGAAGAACGUUGCACUCCGGGCAGCUGAAAAGGUCGCAAACGAUGCGGAGAAGCGAAUGCAGGCUCAGUCGAAACAGUUUGAAGCCCAGCGCCAAGCUGAUGCCGUCAAGAUUGAUCAGCUCACUUCUUUGGUUCGGGGACUUUCGGACACCGUCACUGCCAUGGCGGCUGCCCAGACCGGAUUUCAGAACGAAGUAUUGCGCUUGAACCAAGUUCUCGCGCAGCGUGGACCCGAAGCUAGGCAGGGCUCCGAGAGCCUAGGCAUUACCUCGCCUACUCCGCUUACCGGCUCCAUUAGUCCUGAAGAUAGGGAAAUUACCGAGAUUGCGCAGCUUAUGCGUGAGGGGAAAUAUGAAGAGGGUUCCGUCAAGUGGCUUCAAUCCGAGCAGCAGGCUGAUCUUUUUGAUCGUCUCUUUGUUCGCUUGAACCCCUCGUAUCUGAAUAGCCUUUCUCCUAUUGUGGCACUGUCGGUCGGUGUUGCGGUUACCUCCUCUCUGCAGACAAAUGUGAUGGAGCGUCUUGCAUGGCUAGAAGUAGUCCUUCAGACCGUUGAUUUGAGGGAUACCGAUAUCCAAGAGGUCGCUCCCAAGAUUAUGGAUAUCCUUAUUGCGCGACUAAACGAGCUCUACAUGUCCGUUGCUAAAGACUCCCCACACAGCCCCAUCCUGCGCCGCAUCCCGCCUCUCGCCCGUCGGGCCACCGAGCUUCGCGGUAACUAA